AUGAUGCCGAUGAUCCUGACGGUGUACCUCAGUAAGGGUGAGCAGGCCGUGGCGGAGGUGCCCGUCACACCAGAGACGACCUGCCGGGACGUCGUGGAUGUCUGCCGCCCCGGGGAGGGCAGCUGCCACCUGGCCGAGGUCUGGAGGGGCAACGAGAGAGCCAUCCCGUCUGACCACCUGAUGUAUGAGCACCUACAGAAGUGGGGGGCCCGGAGGUCAGAGGUCAAGUUCUUCCUGCGGCACGUAGACUCGCCUGCGGAGACUGGCAGCCAGGGAAACCAGCCAUCCCAGGAGCAGGCCAACCGGAGGACCGCGGGCAACCCGGACAAGAGCUGCGAGAACGGGGUGGGGAGUGUGGGCACGGAGCCGGCCCUGUGCCAGCUGCAGGAGGUGGCCGCCUGGCAGCAGCAGCAAAUCGAGGCACAGCAGCACAGCCUGAUGGCUAAGGAGCAGCGUCUGCGGCACCUGAAGCAGCAGGAGCGCAAACAGCAGUCGCAGUUGUCCGCAGCCGGCAGCUCAGACGAAAGCGAGAAGCUGCAGCGCUUGAAGGAGCGUGUGGACAGCCAGGAGGCCAAGCUGCGGAAGAUCCGUGCCAUGCGGGGCCAAGUGGACUGUAGCAAGACCCUCAACGGCUCCCUGUCUGCGGAGAUGGAGCACAUCAACGGCAUGUUCCUGGAGAAGCAGCAGGAGCUGCAGUCGGCUGUGCUGAAGGUGGAGCAGCUGACGCAGCAGCUGGAGGAGCUGCGCAGGGCCAAGCUGGGUGGUCAGGUGCCCGGGACGGCUGCGUUGGAGCUGCGCAGGCUCUACCAGGAGCUGCAGAUCCGCAGCAAGCUGAACCAGGAGCAGAGCGCCGCCCUGCAGCAGCACAAGGACUUGCUGAACAAGCGCAACCUGGAGGUGGCGCUCAUGGACAAGCGCAUCAGCGAGCUGCGGGAGCGUCUGCACAGGAAGAAGGCCGAAGCGCCCCAGAAAGGGGACAUCCCGGCGGUGAUCGGUGGCCCCGGAAGGGUGGCGACCGUGGGGCCCUUCAUCCAGGUCCCCAUGCCGGAGCCCGUCAAGCCGCAGCCCUCCGCUGCUAACCCCGUGGUGGGCCAUGCGCGCCCCAAGGCAGCCGGUGACCCAGGCUGGCCACCCCUGAAGCCCCCUGACUACAAGGACGUCACUUCGGAUGCAGCUUUGAAGAGCCGGCCCCCACCACCCCCACCGAUGCCCCCUACAGACCGGGAGGCCAACACGGUGGGCUCGGGUCCUGCUCCCGGCCCCACCCACGCGAAGCCCCUGCCCCCCCCGUACGGCAGCCACUGUGCUGCAGCGCGGCUCUGUGCGGCAGGCUCCGCCGGCUCACUGGAGCGGCCCAAAGAGCCGCCCCCACGCCCACCCUGGCCACGCCCACCCCCACCGCCUGGCUCCUCCUCGCAGCAGAUCCAGCAGCGCAUCUCGGUGCCGCCCAGCCCGGUCCCCCCGCCGGAGCGGCCCGACCCCCCACCGCUGCCUCCGGCUGCUGCUGUGCGCCCCUUUGUGCCCGACAAGGCGGCGCGGCCUCAGUCUCCUCGCCGGGCCCCGCCCACCGUGAAUUCCAGCUCCAUCUAUCACAUGUACCUGCAGCAAGCAGCACCUAAGGCUGGCGGCCCCCCCGGCAGCAAGCCGGCUUCCAAAGCAGUGUACGGGAAGCCUUUGCUGCCUCCUGGCUCCCUGCCCUCCUCCCCGCUGCUCUACACCAGGGGCAUUCCGGCGCCCAGGGGCCCGGUGGGGGGUGAGGCCGAUGCUGAGAGCAGCCCAGCGGAGAGCCUGCCCCGGCCGCUGAGCCCCAGCAAGCUGACGCCCGUGGCGCACUCCCCACUGCGCUACCAGAGCGAGGGCGAGCUGGAGGCACUGCGCCGGCGGCUGGCCAACGCACCGCGGCCCCUUAAGAAGCGCAGCUCCAUCACGGAGCCCGAGGGCCCCGGGGGGCCCAACAUCCAGAAACUGCUGUACCAGCGCUUCAACACGCUGGCGGGCGGCAAGGGCGGGGGCGGAGCCACCUUCUACCAGCCCACCCUCCCCACAGGGCUUCUAGCCGACGCUGACAACGGCAACCUGCCCGACCCCCCUGGCCCUGCCCCGGGCUUGGGGCAGCCGACCGCCCCCCCACUGUCCGAUGCCAUCGACAACCACCCACUGGCCCCCUCUUCUGACGACUCGGCCAGCCGCUCCUCCGAGGACAGCAACAACAACCCGGCAGGCCCGCCGGGCUCGGCGGCAGAGAGCGGCCCGCUGGAGGAGGCCGGCGCAGGGCGGCUGGCGGAGAAACGUACCAACCUGAAGAAGCCGGACUCGCAGCGGACGGGCCGCGGCCUGCGCGUGCAGUUCAACCCGCUGGCCCUGCUGCUGGACGCCUCUCUGGAGGGCGAGUUCGACCUGGUGCAGAGGAUCAUCUACGAGGUGGAGAACCCCAGCAAGCCAAACGACGAGGGCAUCACGCCUCUGCACAACGCUGUGUGCGCCGGUCACCACCACAUCGUCAAGUUCCUGCUGGACUUCGGCGUCAACGUAAAUGCCGCAGACAGCGACGGCUGGACGCCACUGCACUGCGCCGCCUCCUGCAACAGCGUGCAGCUCUGCAAACUGCUGGUGGAGUCGGGGGCCGCCGUCUUCGGUACCACCAUCAGCGACGUGGAGACGGCCGCCGACAAGUGCGAAGAGAUGGAAGACGGUUACCUUCAAUGCUCGCAGUUCCUCUACGGCGUGCAGGAGAAGCUGGGAGUAAUGAAUAAGGGGGCUGUGUACGCGCUGUGGGACUACGAGGCCCAGAGCGCCGACGAGCUGUCCUUCCGCGAGGGCGACGCCAUCACCAUCCUGCGGCGCAAAGACGACAGUGAGACGGAGUGGUGGUGGGCGCGGCUGAAGGACAAGGAGGGCUAUGUUCCCCGCAACCUUCUGGGGCUGUACCCCAGGAUAAAGCCUCGGCAACGGUCUUUGGCGUGAGGCCCUGUUGGCCCUCACCUUCUCCUGGAGAAAGACUGCAAUGCUGGGUAUUGCCUGUGCCCUGGUCCUGCCCUGUUCCUGCCCUGACCGCACCCUGUUCCUGCCCUGGUCCUGCCCUGACAGUCCUCUUACUGUGCCCUGACCGCGCCCUGUUCCU